AUGGAAGUGAUUAAUCCGACCACGUUAACGUUCCAAGAACUAGUCCUAGCGAAAAGUCACCGACUAUAUGCAGCUGCUCCGUUAUCAUCAUGGAUUCGCCGACCGAUUCAACGAGAGAAGAGAUGGGACGAAAAUUGUAUGAAAAUCAAGAUUGGUCCAAACUCUGUCCCGAUCUUCUGCGAUCGAUCCUCGAAAGAUUGAGUUUUAUUGAUUUUUGCAGAGCAAAAACGGUUUGCUCAGAUUGGUAUACCGUUGGGAAAACAUGCUUAAAGACGAUAUAAAUUUAAUUAUUCAUUUGUUACCAAUUUUGUUAAGAAGC